CCCUACAUUUCAGUCGCAGCUUUCUUCUUCGUCUUCCCUCCCGUCGACUUCUUUCUCCUCUCUGUAACUUCCAACUUCGAAUUUACUUCCUACACCCAUCAUUUUCUUCUUCUCCACUUUCGUCAUACUUUUCUUUUCGUGGUCUUCGGCGUCGUCCUUCAAGACUGCGGCUUCGUUGUCGUUGUUGUAUUAUCGUUUUCUGCUUCUGCAAUUUCGUCUGAGGCUUUCUCCAUUUGGAAGCCUAGGAACUUGGAAGCUUAAGUGUGGGAUCAUGACCAGAUCCAAUCCACGGAAAGGGAAGCAUGAAAGAAAUACAGAAAUGACAUGUGAUGAUGACAUGGAGGGAACGUCAGCUCGAACAAGGCCUUUCAGUUUUGAUGAGAUAAUGCUUGCAAGAAAAAACAAGGCUGAUGCCACAAAACAAGUUAUCAGCGGCCCUGUAUCUACGGAUAUUACAUUAGUACAUGAGGGGAAGAUUGUUCCUCCUGAAUCCCAUAAGAAAACAAAUGAAGAUUUUGAUAUUAAGGACACUAAGAAUACAUACGAAGACUUUCAAAAGGCCACUUCUCUGAGGAAGGGAGAUACAAAUACUUCCAAAGGGAACAACAAAUUAGACCCAGAUAAUGACAAAGGAUCCCAGGAGCAUUAUCCGAAACUGAAGAGUGUGGUGGAUAAGAACAUAAGCAAUGAUAGAGUAGCCGAAGUGAGAAAGGAGAGACGUUAUUCAUACAACAGAGAAAAACGUGCUGGGGAAAAGGAUGGCUUUUUAGGGGAUCAUAAUGGAUCUGAAAGGAGACAAUAUAGAAGCUCAGUUAAGAAAGAAAAAGGUUCUGAAACAAUCAGAGGAAAAUCUGAAAUGGAUAGAAAACAACUUUAUACUGACGACAUGUGGGUCUCUAGAAAGAGGAAAACUGAUGGUCAUACAAUCAGUGAUUCUGGCUUCAAAAAAAGAAAUGAAAGAGAUAUGAUGCUUUUAGACAAACUAUCUAAUCGAGGCAAAGACAGAUCUGGAAAAGAAGUUAGACACCGGCAUCAUGAUGACGAUGACAAAACUCAAGGCAGGAGUGCUGGUGAAAAACAUGGUUCUGAGAAAAAAGAAAAGAAGCCCACACGUGCUUAUCAUGGAGAAUCCAAGUCAAAGAGAAGACGAUCACCAAGCAUAGAGCACAUUAAAGAGUCACAAUCUCCAAAAGCACACAAGCACAAACGUAAAGAUAAAAGGGAGCAUGAAGAACUUCCACCAAAUUCUACCCAAGACAGAUCAGGGAAAGAAAAUUCUGAUGCUGACAAGAGGAUAUCAAAUAAUGGAUCUAGCAAUCAAUAUAGACGAAAUAAUGCCUCUUCAAGUGGUCUUGGGGGUUAUUCACCGAGAAAGAGGAAAACUGAUGCUGCUGCAAAAACUCCUUCACCCACUCGUCGUUCUCCAGCAAGGAGAUCUGCUGGAUGGGACUUACAACCUGUUGAAAAAGAGGGUGUGAUUUCUGGUUCAACUUUUGCUGAUGUUCAUAUGAGCCAGAGCCAAGGCCAAAGCCUAAGCCUGUCCAUGAGCAUACAGGAUUCUCCUAGUGGUACUCCAUUAGUACCUAUUGUGAUGAAGCCCAUUGGGAUUUCUCCUCAUACCUUAUCUUCACAGAUGCAUGCCAUUGAAUCUAUUCAGCUAACACAAGCUACACGGCCUAUGAGACGUCUCUAUGUAGAAAACUUGCCUGCUUCAGCCUCUGAGAAAGAUUUAAUAGAAUGCAUUAAUAAAUUUUUACUUUCUUCCGGAGUCAACUACAUUCAGGGAACUCAACCCUGCAUUAGCUGUAUAAUACACAAAGAGAAAGGACAAGCUCUUUUGGAAUUUUUAACUCCCGAGGAUGCUUCUAUGGCACUUUCUUUCGAUGGAAUUUCCUUUUCGGGGUCUAAUCUGAAGUUCAGGCGCCCCAAGGACUACUAUACUAUUUCUACUGGUGUUCCUGACAAAUCAAUGGCUGCUUUUGAUUCAGUUAGUGACAACAUUGAAGACUCUCCCCACAAGAUCUUCAUCGGUGGAAUCUCAAAAUUCAUCUCUUCCAAGAUGCUUUUGGAGAUUGCUAGAGCAUUUGGACCUGUCAAGGCAUACCGCUAUGAAUAUGUUGCUGGCAUGAAUGAACCGUGUGCUUUUCUUGAGUUUGUCGACCAUUCAGUUACCUCAAAGGCAUGUGCUGGUCUCAAUGGCAUGAGGUUAGGUGGAAAGGUUGUUACAGCAGUAUUUGCUACUCCAGAUGCCACCACGGGAGAUGUAGCCAAAUCGCCAUUUUAUGGGAUUCCCGAGCAUGCCAAGCCGCUCCUUGAGAAGCCCUCAGCUGUUCUACAACUCAAAAAUGUGUUGGAUCAUCGAGAUCUUCUAGCGUUGUCUGACUCAGAACUGGAAGAAAUAUUGGAAGAUAUCAGAAUAGAGUGCUCCAGGUUUGGUACGGUGAAAUCUAUUAAUGUUGCAAAGCUAACAAACACUCCUGGCACCAAAAAGGCUGAUGGGUGUGACUUAAUGCCUGAGAAUAGGAGCUCUGAAAUAGAAAAAUCGAGAGACACCAUCAAUGAGGUUCCUGUACUUAAUCAACGAGGGCCUGCAGAAAAUUACAACUGUGAUGACAAUGCAGGGAUAUCGAAUCCAUCUACUGGCCAAGAAGAUGCUGGUAUGUCGGCUGUGGUUGACAGUCUGCCUCAUGAGAUUAGUGCCGUGAAUCCCAUUGAAGAAGAAAUUGGAAAAUCCGCAUCAGACGUGUCUGGUGUGUUGGAAAAAAAUGACAAUUUGAGUGAAGAAGAUUCAAAAGUAGAAGAAAACAGCCCAAGAGAUGGAGGCCCAGUCGAACAAGACACAAAUGAGAGAAGAAAGAUAGAUUCUUCCGAGGUAGACACUAACAUGGAUGCUCCAAAUGAUCCUGGAAAUCUUUUUGAGCCAGGCUGCGUAUUUGUGGAGUACAGAAGAGCUGAAGCAGCUUGCACGGCUGCACACUGUCUGCACGAACGGCUAUUUGAUGGUCGCGUCGUGACAGUGGAAUAUGUCAGCCCGGAUGUUUACCAUUCGAGGUUUCGGAAAUAAAGAGUCAGCAUCUGAUUUAGGUAGCAGCAGAGUGAAAAUGUUGGCGCAUCGCCGAAUGGUUCUAUACCCGUUGGGAUUCGCAGUCGAGGCGAGGAGAGACAGGUAUGAUGAUGAUGUCUUUAUGUGUAGAAUGAGUGAUUUGAAUGUAUGAUGGAAUUUGUUGCACGCUCAACAUUUUAUGGAAUGCUAUUGAAUUGACAAUCUCA